AUGACAGAUCGAGACUUGCAGCAAGCGACCCAAUUUCUACUUUUUGGAGACCUUCCGGCUGAGUUGCGACUUGAGAUAUGGAACAUGGCCCUGGAAUCGGAAACCACAAGACGCGUGGUCCCUUUCAGUUGCGUAUUCAACUCAGUCUUGCCCACAGUGCACCUUCGCUCGCCCCUUCUUGAGGUAAACAGCGAAAGCCGAGACAAGGCAAAGAAGUUCUUCGAUUCUCAGGUCAAAAUACAUGCUUACCAGCCCGGACAUAGUUAUAUGCCAGUGCGCGGACGCGUGUGUGGCCUGCUUUACCUCAAUUUCAAACGCGAUGUCGCCAUAUUCGGCAAAGAUUUUGGUCUGCUUGAUCACAAUAACCAAAGCCGCGAUUUAUCUUUUCCCGAAGUCGUGCCACGCAAGUACAUCAGCGAAAACGUAACAACAACAACAACAACAACAACAACAACAACACAUGGCGAUCUCUCCAAGAAGUGGUCAAAAGGAUGCUGGACAUUUCCUACCUCCCAGCGGUUAUGUGGUCACUCCCUUCAGCUGUGCUGCUGGAGCUGCUAUUACAUGGCUAAACCAGAAACACAUUCACAUAUCAAACGCUGCCUCACUGUUUUUCGACAUUCAAACCUCAGUGUCUGCUGCUUGUUGAUAUUGAGUGGAGAAUAUAGGGAGCACUUUUUACUCAAAGAUUUGAGCACAUUGACUUCAGAGGACUGCUGGAAGAUUCUUCAGCAAAUUUUGGUAGUGCCUCAUAAUCGACGAUGCGGAUCCUUCUACCGCGAUAUCGAUGAUUUACGCACGGUGGAAGGGGAGGAGCAUUAG